AUGGCCCUCUCGAAUACUUACAGAAGAGCCUGGCAGAUACUAGUAGAUAGCAGUGAGCGCCUGGAAGUAACCCUAACCAGCUCCCAUUCAGACUCAGCGAAGCAGCAUCGGCAUUCACGUGACCAACGCGUCUUGUUGUCACCGUCCGUGGUGACAUUUCCCAUCCCGACCACACUCGCGUCGAUAGCUCUCCGCGUCGAGGACGCGAUGGCGCGGUCUGUUCAUCGGCACAACAGUCCCGCGGACGAUGUAGACGACGAGCUCGACGCGGGGAACGUAAACGAAGUUGAAGACGAGCGAGUCUUCGUGCAAGACGGCAAACCCAUAUACUUCUACCUCCACCGAUUGACGGCGGCACAAGUACGAGCGUUAUACAAGAAGAUAACGGACGCGGACGUGCUCCUCUGCCCACCCGAGCGCGUAGGCAUGCUUAGGAGGCGAUACUGGAUGGAUGUGGACCCCGAGGUCGUGGAUGUGGGGUUCGUCGACGUGUGUAUACGGCGCGGGGAGUACGCGCACGCGCCGCCGGUGCGCAAGGGGAUGGGCGGGCCGCGGCCCGGGCAGGGGAGGGUGGAGUUCUCGGACGCGGACAAGGUGAAUUUGGCGCGGUACCUGGCCAAGGUCGUUCCGGACCGCAAGGCGGGCGGGAGGCUGGGGAGGAUCGUCUACGAGAGGCUCAUGGAGCGGGGCGAAUGGGACCCUGCGUAUGCGUGGGCGAAGCGGCACACGUGGGAGUCGUGGAAGCAGCAUUACAAAAUGAACAGGGAGUGGUUUGACGAGCGAAUCAAGACGAUCGUGCGACUCCACCCGCCAAGGAAGGACGGGAAAGGACAGUACGAGCUCGACCGGCGGCGUAAGAGGGGGAGAGUGUUCAUCUCUGAGUUGGAGGGCACGGAUGAGGAUGAGGAUGAGGAGGAAGGAGAGGGCGAAGAGGAAGAGGAAGAGGAGGCGGUGGAGAAACAGGUAGGACGGAGGAGACCAAGGGACGAGGAUGAGGAGCGAGAGAGUAUGCGCCCGCCGCCUGCGAAGAGAAUGCGGCGGGCGAGCGAGAGCGUGACUUCGCCCGCGUCGGAGGUUGAGGGGGCGCGCGGUGCGCCCGCGCGGACCGAGAGUAAGGGCAAGGGAAAGCCCAGACCAGACGAGGAAGAAGAGGAAGAUGAUGAUGAUGUGGACAUAGACGACAUCGACAUGUUCAACCCGAACGGGUACUACGACCCCGCGGAGGACCUCCCCCUUGCGGGACCUUCCGGUACCCAACACUCACCUGGGGCUGGCAUGAGCUCGCAGGCUACCCUGGUCGGGCCUGUACCCACCCAGCUGCGUCGCGAGCCGUCGAGUGGUAAGGUUUCUUUCGGUACCCAGCCUGUCGCGCUUGGGCAGGCAGUGAGGAGGUCGGCUCCGUACCGGCUGCAGAGUGUAGCCACAUCCUCGAGUCCGGAACGCCAGGAUUCUCAAGCGCGGGGCCAACCAGACGAAGCGGGAGAAAAUGCAGGGGGUUCCCCAGCUGACGAAGACGUUCCGCCGCACGAGCUGGCUGAUGAGGAUGUCGAUGUUGUCCCGCCGACAGAGGGAGAAGACCCUGAGCUGGAAGAAGAAAUCGCUCCCCUGCCCGCUCCUCGACCUAAGGCCAGGCGCGCAGUGAAGAAGACGCUUUCGCAGGCGACAUACGACGGCCCUGCGCGGAACACCCGCGCCCGGUCGCGUUCCGUCGACCCUACACCACCCGCUCCUCCAGCCAAGAGAGUCAUUCGUGGACGCAAGGGGAAAGAGGCCGGUACCCGGGGAGGGCCAGCUACUCGCUCUCGUCAGGCUGACCUCGCCGACAUUCAAGAGGCCUCAUCAGACGAGGAUAUUAUAUCGCUCGAGGAAGAAGGCCCUGACGAGGCGAGCGGCGUCCCACAGGCUGGUGCCAGCGCACGCUCCCGGGGGUCGAUUGGGGAGACCCAGGAGGAGGAGGAAGUGGAGAAAGCCGUCGACGCGCUCUCAGCCGCGACUGCGGAGUCGGGGGCGAGUUCCAUAUGGAAGCGGCUGCUUCACGAAGACAGAAAGGACUACCAGCCGGGAUCUGGCCAACGCCGCAGCGUCAGUAAACAUCCGUUCGACUCCGACGACCAGGAGACGAUUCGGGAUUUGGCGCGCUCCACGCGGCGGUCGGGCGGACGCGACAGUAUCGAGGAUCUCACUAACGAGCAGCUCGCAGAUAAUUUGGAGCAGCUGCUCUCCCCCCUUGGGAGCGCCCAGAGCAUGAGGCGCGCGGCGAGUACCUCGAGCUGGGCGACGUCGGAGUCUGGGGAGGGCUCCAGGAAUUUCCCGCCGCCUGGAACGAGGGCCAGGGUUGCGAAAGAGGCGCUGGAACGGACGCCGUAUAGACCCCCACGGGGGACGAAGGCGGAGGAGUUUGCGAAGAGGGUAUAA